UCAACGCCGAUCGCCAUGUUAAUCGCGUUGUGUUUAGCAAAAACAGUUUUAAUUUUGUUCAUAAAAUCUUAGAAAAGUAAUAUAAUUGAUUUAAUAUUGCAUAAUUGUGAUGGAUCAUAGUUAUUACAGAGUUUCAGGAGAAGUACACCAACAUUUAGUUUCAUCAGGAAUUCACUUAAAUAAGGACUUUAUUGGAAGGCCUGGUGAAUGGUUUCCACUUCACUUUAAGCAAGCGCCUACCACAAUGUAUAACAAUACCAAUCAGUAUCCACCAUCUGGAUAUGCUAGUUCUUAUCCUGUAUAUCAGAAUUAUGGAGCAGGCUAUAACUACCCUGGCUAUGGAUAUCAGGAAGCCCAGUCGAACCAGCCAGUUUCAUCUGGAGGUUUCUCUCAGAGUAAUUGGACUCCAAUUAACCAACCGAAUUAUUCGGUUCCUCCCCCUCAACCACCUGGCGAAGCUGAAGGAAAAACUGAUGCCGUCGUCCAGGAAAUCCAACAGCAGAAGGCCACGUUGACAAAGCAAAGGGAAGAUUAUGUACGGAAAGCGCUCGUUCUUCGCAGGGAAUCGGAACAGUUGCGCCAACAGAAACAGCAGUUGGCCGACGGGGAUAUGUCCGAUAGAGAAUUGCUUGCUGUUCUUAGGAAGAACGAAAAACUUCAGGAAGAAAUCAACGGCAAACUUAAAGCGAUUUUAAAUGUGGUCGAAAUGCUUUCGACUAUUAUAAGGGACGGUAAGAAGAUAGGAGAUCUCGAAGCUGAAUUAGAGCAGGAGGAGAGAAACGCCACGUACACGAAACAACAGAGCGUGGAGAGUAGCCGUUACAGUCCUUCGUCGAUUCAGACAGAGAGGAGCCGCGAACCGGAAUCAAGAGAAAGAAAUCAACUAGAGAAAGAAGUCGAUAAACGGUACUGCUACGUUUAUUAUGACACCGGACUUCAUUGGUGUCGGGCUUGCGACGAAUUUCCCGAGACGGCGAAAGAAUAUCUUCAACAUUUGCAAAACAAAGACCAUCAGGACAUGGCGAAGGAGAACGAAGUUGAUAUAACUCCGUGGCACAAACUGCCUCUUGAGCCUGUCCUGCCGAGUUACGAUGACGCUCCUAAGAAGAGACUUCCUAUAAAAGGAUUGCAAUUCUUUAUUUCUGCCCCAUCAUGGUAUUGUAAGCUUUGCGAUGUUUGGAUUGGAGAUCUACAUUGUGCAUCACAUCAUUUAAAAUCUGUAACGCAUUCCCAAAAUUACAAGAAUUUCGUGGAGCAAAAUCCCCACUGGGAGACGGAAUGGCUUAAAGAUAGAGAAACAGCUAUGACUCGCAAUGGUAAACAUCAUUCUAGCGAUUCGGACAGUAGUUCAAAGAAGAAAAAACGCAAACACCGAGCAUCUAUCGAAAGUUUACUGAAGGAGAAAAAGAAGAAGAAACGGUCAAAGAAGAAGAGGAAGGAUUCUAGCGAUUCGAGUAGUAGUUCAAGCAGCUCAGAAAGUAGUUCAGACGAUGAAGAUUCGAAAGAUAGGAGUAAAAGUAUUCGGGUGGCUAUGCGCAAUAUGACCCAGGUCAAAUCUAUAAUAAAUGAAGAUAUGUCAAAAUGGACGGUGCUAGAAAAACUUCUCGAGGAUCAUAGAAAGAAAGACAACACAAAAAUUAGUAAUACCGAGGAUGAACUUAUUAAUCAGUGGAUGACUGUAGCUGAUCCUGCAAAAGAGAAAAAUAUUAUUGAGACACUCAAAGAUAGAAUGCGAGUUAAGCAAGAAGUGGAGAAGGCAAAAUGGGCAGAGAUGGAGAAACGACGCAAGGAAAAGGAGCGACAAGAACAGGAAAUGCUGGAAAUGAAAGAGCGGCAAAUGAGGGAAGAGGCGGAAAGGCUCGAAAGGGAGAAGGCCCGGAGGGAACAAGAAGAAUAUCAACGAAUUGUGGAUAAAGAUAAUAGAGGGCAUGUCAAAUUUCGACCAUCAAGAGAUCAUUAUAGAAGAAGAAAAUCUGCUAGUGAUGAUGAGGAGGAGGAGAAAAGGCAUAGAGUGAACGAGUCUCCUAAGCAUCGCAGGGAACAUGAAAGCCAGUACAGUAAAAGCAGGCACAGUCCCGAGCAUAAAAACGACUCUUCCAAGAGGAGACCUCCGGGACCGCCUAGCUAUAAAAAAUUGCCGUUUAUUGGGAGAAUGCCGCUCUUUAAGAAGAAACAAGAUUCGAAGAACGAGAGAGAGGAGAAAGUAAGGAGUAUCAAAAAGGAGGAGUAUGAGCCACAAAGAAAGACUAGGGAGAAUUACAGUCCACCGAUGUCCGACCGUUCUGAUGACUCUGACGAGCAGAUGGAGGAAUUUCAACAAUCCAGGGAAAAUUACCGUCAACCGAUGUCGGACCAUUUUGACGACUUUGAAGAGCAGAUGGAGGAAUUUCACCAAUCCAGGGAAAAUUACCUUCAACCCAUAUCGGACCAUUCUGACGACUUUGAGGAGCAGAUGGAGGAAUUUCACCAAUCCAGGGAAAAUUACCAUCAGCCGAUAUCGGACCAUUCUGACGACUUUGACGAACAGAUGGAGGAAUUUCCCCAAUCCAGGGAGAAUUACCAUCAACCGAUGUUUGACCGUUCUGACGAUUCUGACGGGCAGAUGGAGGAGUUGAACCAAUCCAGGGAGAAUUACCGUCAAGCGAUGUUGUCGGACAUUUCUGACCAAUCCGACGAGCUUAUGGAGGAAUUCCACCAAUCUAACGUCUUAGGGAGGGACUACAUCCAUGCGACGCCUCCCCUUCAAACUUUCGAAGCCAUCCGGAUGCCAUCUCCGAUAGAGGGCGCUGGAAUACCGCCAGAAGAAGCCUCUUCACCGUCCCGUGUUGUUCACGACAGUCCCAGUUCGCGACAGUUCGAGACACUCCCAGACUACUCCCGGUCACUACUCGGUUCGCCACCAGUCACCAGGAUAAAGGUGGUAGCCGAUAUGUGCUGGAGUUGUGGCCAGCGAGGUCAUAUGCGGAGAGUUUGUUCCGGUCCCUUCAUCCUCUUCUGUUCCCGCUGUGGAUUAGUAGGAACAACGUCCCUAGACUGCCCCUGUCGGCCCCGGCGCACUAAGGGACAAGAGAAAAACAAAAAGCAAUAACUAUUUUUAUUAACUUUUUGUCUUAAGAGAUAAAUAUUUACUUUCUUUUAAAGAAAUUUCUUAUUUAGUUUCAUAUUUUAUUAAAAAUAUAUAGGGUGCAUGGUCACUUUUAUCUCGUCGCUUAUUAGAUUUUUUUAAGAUUUUUUAGAAUCUAGUUAGAAGUUCAGUUAUACAGGGUGUUU